AUGGCUCACUUCCAAACCAUCCACCUCGAGCACCUCCCCCCCUCCCACGACCUCCACAUCGCUCUCUACCACAAAGUCACCAACGCUGCCUUCCUGCACCAGCAGCUCCUCGCAGGCAAUACAGACUUUGAAUAUGCGCUGGUGGACGCUAGCGUGAUACUCUCCAAGCUUCACAUCCUCGCAGCAGCCUACCGGGCCGUGAACGAUAUGCUCGAGAACCGGCUGCGGAGCCGCAACGUGCAUUCCGAGAUGGUGUUCUCGCUCUCGCCGAACAACAAUAUCGCCGAAUCCUUCCGCCGCUUCGGCCUCACGCCUACCACUUCCUCGCUGCUCGUCCUCAAGCUCUCUACUCCCACGCACCCUUUCCUCGCGUCAGCCGUGCAGGCGCACCUCGCUUCUGCUAUCGAUGGCGAAGCCGUGCCCUUGACGGAUGAUAGCUUGAGAGCGGUGACGGAUGUGGCGCGGGUGAGGAAGCUGUACAAGCUGAAUGCUGCUGGGGCUGGUGGGGGAGGGGGAGGGAAGAAGAAGAUGAAAGACGCGGGUGUUAUCGGGGGGGUGGUUGAUGGCGGGCGAUCGGCGGAGAAGGAGGAGGAGGAGAGGAGGGAGUUGGAGGUUUUGGUUUUGGGAGCGAUGGCUUUGAGGAGUGUGACGAAUUGA